AUGGGUAUCUCCAGAGACUCCAGGCACAAGCGCUCCCACACCGGUGCUAAGCGCGCUUACUACCGGAAGAAGAGAGCCUUCGAGGCGGGUCGCCAGCCCGCUAACACCCGUAUCGGUGCUAAGCGCAUUCACACCGUCCGCACCCGCGGUGGUAACCACAAGUACCGUGCCCUCCGUCUCGACUCCGGUAACUUCGCCUGGGCCUCCGAGGGUUGCACUCGCAAGACCCGUGUGAUCGUUGUCGCGUACCACCCUUCCAACAACGAGCUCGUCCGUACCAACACCCUCACCAAGUCCGCUGUUGUCCAGAUCGACGCUGCCCCCUUCCGUCAGUGGUACGAGGCCCACUACGGCCAGCCCCUCGGUCGCCGUCGCCAGCAGAAGCAGGGUCAGGUUGUUGAGGAGGUCAAGAAGUCCAAGUCUGUCGAGAAGAAGCAGGCUGAGCGCUUCGCCGCCGCCGGCAAGGUCGACCCCGCUCUCGAGAAGCAGUUCGAGGCUGGUCGUCUCUACGCCGUCAUCUCUUCCCGCCCCGGCCAGUCCGGUCGCUGCGACGGUUACAUCCUCGAGGGUGAGGAGCUCGCUUUCUACCAGCGCAAGCUCCACAAGUAA